AUGAGACGGACACUAAACCCCAAUGCGGGGGAGUUCCAUCCCAACAACAAUAGUGGAGGAAACACAGGAAGCGGCACUACUACAAUCAGCAAUGCCAAUUCUAAUCCCAAUCCCAAUACGAAUACAAAUAUGAAUAUCAACUUCAAUCAUACGAAUAGUAACAACAGUGUCGAGUCAAAUUACUUUAUGCCCGUCACGCGGAGUUUGAUGGAAUUCCGCGUGGCCUUUUUUCGCCAUUCGGGUUCCAUGAGUUUAAUGCGGCAUGUGGAGUUUGAGCGGCUGCUGCGGCGUUGUUUCUUCGCAGCUCACAACCGUAAUGGACUGAGUGUAUCAUCGUCUACUGUGUGUGAUCGCUGCAAGCCGUUUUGGUUGUCCUUCUCACCGGCGUAUUUGCAGUUGGCGCGGGAAGUGGUGCUGGAGAUUGAAUUGGGCAUCGUCAGUCAGUCAACAACAACAACAACAACAGGAACUACCACUACUACUAAGAGUACUGCUGAUAGUGUUAAUAGUAAUAGUAAUAGUAAUAGUGGUAAUCCUCGUCAAGCGAAUGGUUCUCAUAAUAAUGGGAAUAUUCCACGAGAAGAGAAAAAAGAGAAGGAGGGGGAAGAAAUGGAAACAGGGAAAACAAGUCUUGAGGCACAGGAGAUGUUGCUAAAACGUGAACAGCUUCGCGAAGUAUAUCUGUUGUCCAUUAGACCAUUAAUUCCAUGUUUAUUGCUUAAAGAACUGGCAAACUGUACGAAGCGUAGUAAUAGUGUAUGUAGUGAUAAUAUAAAAGAUGCCAUGAUGUACGCUCUUGAUGUAUUUUUUCUCUUUACACGCAUACAAUUUCUUCCAUUUCUUGAUACCUCUACAGUGACGAGUUACUCUGCAUGUGUUCAAUACAUUACUAGACUUCGUGAACGUCUUCUUCGCCCAGAUGUCGCAGAACCCUUUUUAAAUCUCGUGCUUGUAUUGAUGUUACUUUCCUCUAUUCAUCAAUCUUCAAUGUCAUGUGCAAUGGAAAUCAAUACUACUACUACUACUACUACUCCUACAAAGAAUAAGGGUAACAGUAAGGUGAGUAAUGUGAAGAGUAAUGAAAAUGAAGAAGAAGGAUUAUCUCAUAAGGUACAGUGGUUGUUUUGUCGGUAUUUCCCUGCAUUAGUAGUGUCAUUUCUUGCAGUUUCACCAUUGCAAUCUGUGGAAGAAUUACGAAAUUGCUUUACUGCUAAUAACGUAGAUGAUUGUUUACCAGUUUUACGCUCCUCUCCUAGAGGAGUUGCCGCUAUUCGUGAACUCUUUUCAUAUGAUAGUAAAAGUGCCAUAUUGUGGAAUAAAACAUUAACAGAAGUAAUAUCGUUUGCAAUGCGUCAUUUGGAUGGAGAAGAUCAUAAUAGUGUUGGUUUUCAUAAUAAUAUGAAUGAGUUGUUUCUACUCACCAAGUAUACAGCACUGGAUGAUCACAUGCAUGUGAAUUACCCUACAGUAUUAAACUGUUUAUUGAAUUUAACCGACAAUGUAACUGAAGCAUCUCAUCUUUCCCAUCUUCAUCAUCAACAUCAACAUCAACAUCAACCACAUCAACAUCAACAAUCACAUCAUGAAUAUCAAUGUCAACAAAAACAUUAUCGUGUACAAAGUUUACGUUCUGAAGAAUUUCACCGAAUGGCGAUGCGGGCGGCGGCGGGAUCCACCGGCGGUGAAUACGACACGGUGUACUUCAGUCUAAUGGCGCUUGUCAACAUGGAGUGUUUUCCCGCCGCGGAACUCUCCCGUCUCUUUUCCACACUUGCAGACGCCUACGGCUGUUGUUGUCCUUAUUACAAUUACACUUCCACCUGUUGUUGUUGUUGCGAUGGAUUUAAUGAUUUUCUCGCCUCGCCGGUUUGUGCGGCCCUGCGACCCGCCGCUCGGGAGUUGUUGGAUGUGUUGUAUGCACUUACACCGAAUAACAACCGCAGUGGGAGCAGCAGUCUGAACAACAGCAGCAAUAGCAACAGUGAUCACAGUAAGAGAAGUGAACACCUGCAGGCACUGCGGGAAGUGGAGGAGAUGUUGUUUCUCUUGCCGCAGCCUUCACAGGCAUGA